CUCGUCCUGCCUCUCCGCCCCGGCGCGGCCCUGAGCUUUGGUUCCCGUGCCCCGCCAGUCCCGUAUGUUUUUCCGAGGGGGUCUGGUCGCUUUCUCGCCUUGUGUGCGCGCCCUUCGGCCUGGUCCUGUCGCGGCCAUGAACACUGGCAGUUUCGUUGUGUCGCAGCCGCUCAAUUACCGUGGCGGGGCCCGCGUGGAACCGGUGGACGCCUCCGGCACCGAGAAGGCGUUCGAGCCUGCAACCGGCCGAGUGAUCGCUACCUUCGCGUGCUCAGGAGAGAAGGAAGUAAACUUGGCUGUCCAGGAUGCAAAGGCUGCCUUUAAAAUAUGGAGUCAGAAAUCUGGCAUGGAGCGUUGUCGAGUUCUUUUGGAGGCUGCCAGGAUAAUAAGGGAACGGAGGGAUGAAAUCGCCACCGUGGAGACCAUCAACAAUGGAAAGUCCAUCUUCGAGGCCCGCUGGGACAUCGACACCUCCUGGCAGUGCCUGGAGUACUACGCGGGCUUGGCUGGAUCCAUGGCUGGUGAACACAUCCAGCUCCCAGGCGGAUCCUUUGGUUAUACCAGAAGAGAACCACUUGGCAUAUGCGUGGGAAUAGGGGCCUGGAACUACCCCUUCCAGAUCGCCUGCUGGAAGUCCGCUCCCGCGUUAGCGUGUGGUAACGCCAUGAUCUUCAAACCCUCUCCCUUCACGCCGGUGUCUGUGCUGCUGCUGGCUGAAAUCUACACGGAGGCCGGCGUGCCCCCUGGGCUCUUCAACGUGGUGCAAGGAGGGGCCGCCACGGGCCAGUUUCUGUGUCUGCAUCGUGAUGUGGCCAAAGUCUCCUUCACUGGGAGUGUGCCCACUGGCUCGAAGAUCAUGGAGAUGGCAGCUAAAGGAAUCAAACCCAUUACCUUGGAGCUGGGAGGCAAAUCUCCCCUGAUCAUCUUCUCCGAUUGUGACCUGGAGAACGCCGUGAAGGGAGCGCUGAUGGCCAACUUCCUCACGCAAGGCGAGGUUUGUUGUAAUGGCACAAGAGUAUUUGUACAAAAGGAAAUUCUCGAGAAAUUUACAAAGGAAGUGGUGAAAGGGACGCAGGGGAUAAAAAUUGGAGAUCCCCUUCUGGAAGGUACAAGGAUGGGCCCCCUCAUCAACCGCCCACACCUGGAGCGAGUCCUUGGGUUUAUUAAGCUGGCAAAAGAGCAGGGUGCUAAAGUGCUGUGCGGUGGAGACGUCUACGUACCUGAAGAUCCCAAGUUAAAGGAUGGUUAUUACAUGAGACCUUGCGUGUUGACCGAUUGCAGAGACGAUAUGACCUGUGUGAGAGAAGAGAUCUUUGGACCAGUUAUGUCCAUUUUAUCGUUUGACACUGAAGCUGAGGUUCUGGAAAGAGCCAACAAUACCACUUUUGGCCUGGCGGCUGGUGUCUUUACCAGGGACAUCCAGCGUGCCCACAGGGUGGUGGCCGGGCUGCAGGCAGGGAUGUGCUUCAUUAACAACUACAACGUCAGCCCGGUGGAACUGCCCUUCGGUGGAUACAAGAAGUCAGCCUUCUCUUCCUUCCAGGGUUCGGCAGGGAGAAUGGCCGCGUGACAAUUGAGUACUAUUCACAGCUGAAGACCGUGUGUGUGGAAAUGGGUGACGUGGAAUCUGCCUUUUGAACAUACGCGGCGAGCCCCGUCCGCGUGGCCACGCGUGGAACGGCGCCGGAUCUCCAGGGGGCCACACGGCUGCCUCGGUUUCACACCCAGAAUUGUGUCCCUCGGGAUUAGAGAACGGCUCGGUGUUCUUCCUUCCUCACCUCUCAGUCCCCUUCCUGAUGGAAAAUUUGCCGAAGCACCUUUAAGACAAUCAAGAAAGUGGUGAUUUUCUCAAAGAUUUCUGCAAAAUCUUUAACACGCUUCUGGAGAACAGGGAGAGGGACCAGGAUUAUACUUCGUCCACGGGUUUGACCCGACAGCGCUCCUCCUCCGGCUUGCUUCAAAGUAGAGCUCGUUUCUUGCUCCCUGACAGUUUUGAGCUCUGGCCCCGUCAUGGAUUGCAUUGCGAGAGCUGACAGUCGGGAUGGAGAUAAUAGCCAGGGUCACGUUCUGUGUGAUGGUUCACUUGCCAAAAUAAGCCCUUUGUUUCCACUCAGUGCUGGUGUCCAGUCCUUGAACUACAGCUUUCUCCCUUGAUAAAUACAAAAUAGUUGGAGGCUCCUGG